CAUUUCCACAGCGACACUUACUUACUUUAAAUGACCGUAUUGAGCGACAUUAAGAACAAUUUGAGAUUAAGUUCAAGUUUAGCAUUUCGAACGUAACAAACGCGAUGCAUUUAAGCUUUUCGUUAUUCAUCUGCUACAAUUUGCCGUUACUACUGCAAGCUUGCCCCAUCUACUUGACGAUUUCCCUCGAUGCCAAAACGUUGCAAGAUGCUAAUAUCGAAGUAAAUUGGGGUCCCGAAUGUCAUGAUCACCCCGAAUGGAUAGGUAUUUUCAGCGAAGAUCCCUCGACCACAUACGUACAACCCGAGGCACGUAUAACCGAUAUAACAAACUCGUCCGGUAAGGUUUUGAGUGAUGUGAAAAUCGGUAAAUUACGCUUUCCGUCCGGUUGGAAUAGUAAUGAUGUGAAUGCGGUGCCCAGCGAAUAUCCGAAGGGUAAGUGUCUGCCUUAUUAUGUAGCCAGUUUUAAUGGUAGCGAACUGUUGACGGUGGAAUGCUUAAAAAUACAACCGAAUUGGAUGUCCAAGUUGGAACAUAUAGCACAAAUGCCUUUGAAAGAUAUCUUCAUACCGGGUACUCACGCUUCGGCAGCCUAUGUCGCUAAUUUGACCAAAACUAAAUCGGUGUUGGUUAAAGACUAUGUGGUAGCUCAGCACUUUGAUGUUUGGUCCCAAUUGGUCUUUGGCAUACGAUAUUUAGACUUUAGCAUUGGCUUUGAUAAAAUUUCAGAUGUCUACGAUUCAAAUAAUGCUGAUAACUUCUGCAUUGUCAAUGAGAACAAGCUUGUUCGCCCAUUGAAGAGUGUUUUGAAAGAUGUUAAGCGUUUUGUGCAACUCUCCCACGAAGUCGUUAUAUUGGACUUCAGUUCGUUUCCGAUUGGAUUUUACAAACAUCCCGAGCGUCAUAGCAGUCUCCUCCAUCUUUUGCACGAAGAAGUGGGCGAUAUUGUCUACACCCGAAACACGAGUACACAUGAGGAAGCUAAGCCAUGUUAUGAGCUCACUAUCGACGAAAUAAAGAACAAUAAUAAAUUUCUAAUCAUUUUAUAUCCAGUGCAAGAAUUACCAUAUCCGGAAAGUGAAUCGAAAAUAUUGUGCCCCAAUUGGAAACGUUUCUCCACCGCUUUUAUGAAUACAUCCGAGGCAUUGGACAACAUGCGUUUGUUGUUUAGCAAAAAGCAUAAUUCACCGGUACAAAAUGAAGGUUGGAUAUUUCAGGCCAUACGGAGCAUGGAACAGUCUUUGAAUAAUAAUAAAUUAGAGACAGCCAAGGAACGUGCCGCGAUUUUGAACCCCAAAGUUACGAGUUGGCUCAAAGGUCCUUGGAGCUUAACCGCUAAUGUUGUCGCACUUGAUUAUUUCAGUAAUACAAAUAUUAUCGAUGUGGCCAUUUAUGCGAAUAUGCAUAAAGCCUUCAAUAUGGCUAAUAAGAAUUUUGUUAACUUUGAGAUUCUUAGUAAUUAAAGUAAAAUAUCAAUUCGUAAAACAGAGUUGUCAACCGAAACCACAUAGCAUGCAAAAUUAUUAAGUCUAGUCGGGCUUUGAGCAAUCAAAUAUAUCGAAUUUAGGUUAUAAUCUAUAAUGUAUUAACAUAGUUAUAAACUCAUUAAGAAUAAAGCAUAUUAAAAGUUCA